AUGACAGCCUCCGUCCAACUCGAGGCUGCCCUCAACGCCCUCAACAACCUCGACUCCGGCACUAGCAUAAAGAUGCACUGGAACCAGUUGCGCGACGAGUUUCAAGCUUACACAUUGUUGUCGUCCUCCACCAACUUUCGUUACUGGGCUCUCGUCAACGUUAAUCGCGACAUCUUCAAUAUUGCCUGCGACGCUGACUUCGCCUCCGUUUUCGACACUUUUCUCCCAGAUCGCCGCAGCCGUUUGCGAACGCUUUGUACCAGCCUCACUAUCUCCCCCAGCUCCUUCUGCUUCCUCUUCACCCCAAACGUCGCCAGGUCGCGCGCAUGUCUCGAUUUACUGCGCACGCUUUCCAAGGCAAACCCCUCUCUCAGUAUUAUCACCUUCUACCACUACUUUUCUGCCCAAGCGCCGUCGUCUUUAUUUAACGAAAAUAUGGCGAAAUUCGCUGCGUCUGUUAAUACUGCAUCUGGCCAGUCCAUUCUCGCCAUCCUCAAGAAGACAGUUGACCACUUCGACCCCAGCAUUCGAAAGCGCAGUAAGAAAGGAACACAUGCCAACGUCUACGACAAACCCUCUCCAGAACCUGAACCCGAACCCGAUGACGCCGAUGAAUAUGACGACGACGGUAGCGUUGGCUUCGUUGCUAUGGAUGCCGACGAUAUGGACGAUAAUUCUUUGAAACAGAAUGCCGAAGAGGAGUUUGAACGUCCUCGGGUCAGCCCGCAUGCCAACACAACAUCAGGGUCCGCUCCUUCACGUGCGUCUUCCCCCGAGUUAGCAAGAGGCCUUGUAGCUCAAGACACAGCUCUCAGCGACAGGAGUUCCUGUUCCGACCUGCUGCCCACCGCAACAACUAACAUGGGCAGCCUGUCAGCCAAACGUCUGAGGUCGGGGCCGCUGUCCGACUUUGACGAUUCGUCACUUUUGAGUAGUAACAUGUCUCCUCCAUCUCCUUUGGUCUCCAGUCAUAGCCCUCGUCCCCAUGCGGCGGCAGUGACCGGCAGCUCAACCGCUUCAAAUGCUCAUACACUUGUCGAUAUUGCCUCCACCAACACCCGAGUCUCUGAUUUGCCUGACAAACUUCCUUGCGAUGCCCCUCCAAAACAACGACGGGCGCUCGUCGACCUUGACCUCUUGCUUCACGGAUUUGAAAGCUUAAAUCCCGGCGUUAAGCUUAAUGACAUGGUCAUCAACACCCUCAUCCAGAGACUCGCCAGUGCUCAAGUUGGCGUCCUCAACACUUUUCAGAUCUGCUGCCAGCGAACGGAUUCUCUCCGUGUCCGACUUCAGGAGACCUGCGUUCAACAAACCAAUAGCCACGAUUGUGGAGUGUACGCCCUCAAAUUUGCCGACCACAUUGGGACACGGGCCCCGCUGCCGCAGAGUCUUCCCCGAGGCGGCCUCGCCGAUAGAUGCGCCCUCGGCCGGGCGCUCCUGUCAUCAUGGAACGCCGUCUUACGACCUGACGAAUGGGGUGGCACGUCUGAUGAUGUGUCAGCAACUAGCACCCCCGGCGAUCGUGCUGGCCGACUGCUCGACUUCAUGACCAGCAUGUCUCACUAUCGCCAUCUGAUGUCUCGCCCGCAACGAGGUCAUGCCACCGAGUGUUCAGCAGUAGAACUAAAACGGCUCGUCCACAAAGAGACGUGCUGGCACCAGCUGCAAGUGCUCUCAGACUUUAUCGACGAACAUCAUGCCACACACAAGGCAACGCUCCAACAUGCUUGCGAAAUGGCUAAUGAACUGCGGCGAGGAAUCGACUACAAAUUACAGUUCACACGCCAGAUGUUACAAGGUAUUGAUAUAUUCCUCAACGCGUACUCCAAUGCCAAAGGCUCCUUGGGGCCGCAUCCGUGGGGUUCCGAAAAUCAGUUCGCUCGACUGAUCGACGCCACGAAGAACACAGCCACCGUUGCGAAGGAGUGCUGGGAUGGAAAGAGGCAGGAUGAUGGGUUCUUGGCACAGAGAGCAGCCGUGCAAACCGCAUUUGGGGCCUGUGCCAUGCACAUCGUGCUGCUUCACAAGGCCGUACAGAAAUUUCGGGCUUUGGCAAAGGCUCAGCCGGGGGGGUUUUGA